GGUUCAGCGGGCAGUAAUGGCGGCCACCACGGAGACAGCAACCAGCAUGAAAAAUAUGCUGCAGUUCAUGAAACUUAUCGGACAGCUCAAAAGAGUCCCAAGGACCGGCUGGGUGUACAGGAAUGUGAAGAAGCCAGAGAGUGUGUCAGACCACAUGUACCGCAUGGCCAUGAUGUCUCUGACCAUCACCGACCCCACAGUGGACAAGGACAGAUGUAUAAAGCUGGCUCUGGUUCAUGACAUGGCAGAGUGCAUUGUGGGAGAUAUCGCUCCAUCGGACAACGUCAGUAAAGCAGAGAAACACAGGCGAGAAGAGGAGGCGAUGAGGCAUCUGUCAGGUCUGCUGCCGGAGGGACUCAAACAAGAGAUCUACGGACUCUGGGAGGAGUAUGAAAACCAGAGCAGCCCAGAGGCCAGGUUAGUGAAACAGUUUGACCUCAUGGAGAUGAUCCUGCAGGCUCAUGAGUAUGAGGAGCUGGAGGGAACGCCGGGAAGACUGCAGGAGUUCUUUGACUCCACCAAUGGUCGUUUCCAGCACCCAGACGUACUCCAGCUCCUCAGCUCUUUAAAUGAAGAGAGACUGUGUCACAUGACCAAAACAGCUGAAGCAAAGAACUCUGAGAACUCACAGACAGUCAGUGCUGUAUCUUCACAGCCACAUAAUACUUCACACACUCCCUGACUGUAACACAAAAUGUGUAAGUGCAAGGAUGCGCAAAGAAAUCACAGGAUCAGGGGAAAACUGUUUUUCAGGAGUUACAUCUCCUCAUUGUUGAGGCAUUAGCGAUAUUAGAGCUGAGAAUGAAGGCACAUAGAUAUCUAUCCCAUACUGGGAAGUAUAUUAUCACUGCAAUGCAAGAAUUGCCUGAUAAUACACAAAUACAAUAACUUGUCAAAAUUCAAUUAAAUGUCCCUAGAAAUGGGUUGAAAAAUGUGAUAAAACCUGUAAAAUUCCUGGUACGUUAUGACAUAGAGGCAGAUUUCACCCCCAUUACAUUUCUGUUAACUAUGCCGACAUUUUCUUAACGGGACAGUUCAUCCCAAAAUCAAAAAUACACAUUUUUCUUCUUACCUGUAGUGCUGUUUAUCAGUCUGAAUUGUUUUGGUGUGAGUUGCAGAGUGUUGGAGAUAUCAGCUGUAGAGAUGUCUGCCUUCUCUCCAGUAUAAUGGAACUCGAUGGCACUCAGCUUGUGGUGCUCAAAGUGCCAAAAAAUUCUUUUAAAAAAAAACUCAGCAUCAAUGUCUCUUUACAGAAAUCAUGACCUGGUUACUCAAGAUAAUCCACAGACCUUGGUGUGAGCAGCUUGAUGUAGGAACGAUUUUCUUUCUACCAAACGACACCCACCAGCUGUAUCACUGCGCAGAAGGAAGGGUGCAUCUACUGCUAGCUCACCUCGCAUCACUGAGCUAGCUAACAUUACAGCUAACCUGAAGAGGACGCCAUUACUUUUUAGACCGCACACUGUAACGAGCACACGCCUCUUGUUCAAGAGUAGAUGCACGCUUCCUUCUGCACCGUGAUCAGUGGUGGGCAGAGUACUUAAAAUCUAUACUCAAGUAAAAAUACAACUACUUCUGUAAAAGUAAAGUGAGAAUUACCAUUAGAGGAACCUUUUCAAGUAACAGUAAAAAAAAGGACCAGAUUAAUAAAUUACUCAAGGUACAAAUUACUUUACAUUUUGAUAUUUUUCAAGGUUGAGCAGGUCAGUGCAAAAGAAUGAAAAAAAGAGCACCUGUAGGAUGCAGGAAGUAUCUUUUCUUUCUACCGAUCUACGCCCACCAACUGUAUCACCAUGCAGAAGGAAGUGUACAUCUACUGUUAGCUCACCUAGCACCACUGAGCUAGCUAACGUUACAGCUCAGCCAAGAAGGAUGCCAUUAAUGUUUACAUCUCACGCCAUCAUGAGCACAAGCCUCUUGUUCAUGAAUAGAUGCACACUUCCUUCUGUGUGGUGAUACAGUUGAUGGGUGUAGUUUGGUAGAAAGAAAAUAGUUCCUACAUGAAGCUGCUCACAACAAGGUCUGUGGAUUAUC